AACCCGACCACUACGUCCUAUUUAGCGUUUUCUAUACAAAGAGUGAAUUAAUCUAAUGAUUGAAAAAGUAUAUCUGAUACAUAUAAGCUUUGUAGUCUCUUUCCGGAGAAUUUUUUUAUCAUGUCGACUUACAUAUAUUUCAACAGUAAUUCAGAUGACUUUUAUUUAUCUUACAAUUUUGUUAGGUUAUGUUCUAGGGGUACCCUGAAAUCUCUUAAUGACAGAAAAAGUUCCUUUUGAAUCGAUACCAUUCAAUUGUACCUGUGAUAUUUGUCAAUGUUUCAAUAUCACAUCAAAUAAUCAACAGCAGAUGAAAGCAAAGUGUAAACUAAACGAUAGAGUUAAACUAUGGAAUCGAUAUGAAGGCACUGUAAAGUUUAUCGGUUAUAUUAACUUCAAGCAUAAUACAACAGUAUUUCUUGUUGGUAUUGAAUUAGAUUCGUAUAUUUCUAGAAUUACUUUGGAUAAUUAUAACCUUUAUUGUAAUGUAAAGAAGCGUAUUCUUGUCCCACCAUCAUUUUUCGUCUUGUUAGCACCUGGAAGACGAGGUCAUCCACAAAUUAAUGGAUUUAAAAUGAAUCCAAGUUAUAAUUUGAUACAAAGAAAUCGUAAACUGUAUAAGACAAUAGAUCCAUUAUUGUAUCGACUGAGAUUCGAAACACAGAGAAGCGGAAACGAAACUUACAUAAACAAAGUGGAAAAACAAGUGUACAAUGUAAGGAUUCGUAUAAUAUGCUCAAUUCAAUAUUCAAUCCUUCUCAAUGAUGAUAAGCUUACAGUUUCUCAUCAUCGAUUGGAUCGAAUGAUUGACCAUUAUUGA